AUGAUGGUACAAACACAAAAUACAGGCCUGCCCGAUCCAGGGCCGUUGAAGGCGAAGGAUUCGGGCCGGAAGAAACAGACUGGCGGCAACAUCCCGCCGCGGGGAGUACUUCCUGACGGAAGUUCGGUGGACUUUGGCCAUUCCGACAAGAGCAAACCAAAGCAACAACAAACCCAAAAACGGGUCUCCACGGACAAACCAGCCAAGAAGGGCAAAGGAAAGACUUCUACAAACACAGCUAAUGACACCAAGAAGCCCCAACAGCAAAGCUCGUUGCCCUCUUUGCCAGACGGCCAAAAACCCGAUUUUGGGGGUCGGCAGAAACCCAAAUCCAAGGACUCGAAGAAACAGUCGUCGCAGUCCAGCAAGUCUCAGACCCCCCAGUCUUCUCCUUCCAGUCAGCACUCGUCGCUGAGAAAACCACCCACGCCGUCGCCAUCUCCAUCCCAAUCCCAGGUCUACGCAGGGUCGUCGUUCCACAGUGCGCCUUCCACCAUGUCCCUGCCCAAGCCCUCUUUCCUCAAGAAAUGA